AUGACAUGGGUCCACAGAGGUGAGCUUGCUCGCUCCCAGUCAGCUCCCACAGGCUCUCUGUCGGCUCCCGCAGGAUCCCCAUCGGCUCCCACAGGCUCUCUGUCGGCUCCCGCAGGAUCCCCAUCGGCUCCCACAGGCUCUCUGUCGGCUCCCGCAGGAUCCCCAUCGGCUCCCGCAGGAUCCCCAUCGGCUCCCACAGGCUCUCUGUCGGCUCCCGCAGGAUCCCCAUCGGCUCCCGCAGGAUCCCCGUCGGCUCCCGCAGGAUCCCCGUUGGCUCAAGCAGGCUCCCAGUCGGCUUUUGCAAGCUCCCAGUCGGCUCAAGCAGGCUCCCAGUCGGUUCAAGCAGGCUCCCAGUCGGCUCCUGCAGGCUCCCCGUCGGCUCAAGCAGGCUCCCAGUCGGCUCAAACAGGCUCCCAGUCGGUUCAAGCAGGCUCCCAGUCGGCUCUUGCAGGCUCCCAGUCGGCUCAAGCAGGCUCCCAGUCGGUUCAAGGAGGCUCCCAGUCGGUUCAAGCAGGCUCCCAGUCGGCUCUUGCAGGCUCCCCGUCGGCUCUUGCAGGCUCCCCGUCGGCUCUUGCAGGCUCCCCGUCGGCUCUUGCAGGCUCCCUUGGCUCUGGACACAGACCAGGAAUGGCCAAGUGGGGCGAAGGAGACCCGCGCUGGAUCGUGGAGGAGCGGGCGGACGCGACUAACGUCAACAACUGGCACUGGACUGAGCGGGAUGCCACUCCCUGGUCCUCAGAGAAGUUAAAGUCUCUCCUUGUGGGUGUCACUGUGGAGGGUGAAGAUGGGACGUGUGAAAUCACAGAAGUUACUAAAUGUGACGGCGAAGCUUCCAUCAACAACCGCAAAGGGAAACUCAUCUUCUUCUACGAGUGGAGCCUGAAGGCCUCGUGGACCGGUAACACUACACUCACGGCACACUCUCAGGCACCUGAUGUCACAAAAAGAGUGCCUAGUCACAAUAAACUCCCUAAGACUCUGCAGUCAAAGUCUGAGCGGCUGCUUUCAAGUCAAAACCUUCACUUUAUUGAGAGUCUACUGUUUCGACCACUGAGUCCAAGAUUGAACGUAAUCAGCACAAAUCUGAUUAAAGAUAAUUUACUGAGAAACCCUGUUGGAUUGAUCAACAUGUUAGGGUCCACUUAUUUUUUCAAUACCUCAAAAUCAAGACAUGAGAAGAAAAAGACAAACGCUCCAAAGGGCAGAACCCCUGAAGAGGAUGAAGAGGACAAGAAACGGCGAGAACAAGAGGAUCAGAUGUACAGAGAACGUUUAAGAACUUUAUUUUUUAUUGCACUCAUUAUGAGUCUGCUAAACUCCAUAAACACCAGCGGAGGAAACAUAUCCUGGAAUGAUUUUGUCAAUGAGAUGCUGGCAAAGGGGGAAGUGUCACGAGUUCAAGUUGUGCCUGAAAGUGACAUUGUUGAAAUCUACCUUCAUCCUGGAGCUGUCAUUUUUGGGCGCCCCAGGCUCGCCUUGAUGUACAGAAUGCAAGUCGCCAAUAUAGACAAGUUUGAGGAGAAGCUCAGAGCUGCUGAAGAAGAGUUGAAUAUAGAUGCAAAAGAUAGAAUUCCAGUCUCAUACAAAAGAACUGGAUUCUUUGGAAAUGCACUCUAUGCUCUUGGGAUGGCAGCGAUUGGUGUGGCUAUUCUAUGGUAUAUCUUCCGUCUGGCUGGCAUGGGUGGCAAGGAAGGUGGAUUUAGCGCAUUUAACCAACUGAAAAUGGCCAAGUUUACUAUUGUUGAUGGUAAAUCAGGGAAAGGUGUAAAAUUUAAGGAUGUGGCAGGAAUGCAUGAGGCUAAAAUGGAGGUGAAAGAGUUUGUGGACUACCUUAAAAGCCCAGACAGAUACCUACAGCUUGGAGCUAAGGUGCCCAAGGGUGCCCUGCUGCUGGGGCCCCCUGGCUGUGGAAAAACUCUACUGGCAAAAGCUGUUGCUACUGAAGCUCAGGUACCUUUCCUGGCUAUGGCUGGCUCCGAGUUUGUGGAGGUCAUUGGAGGCUUAGGGGCUGCAAGAGUAAGGAGCUUGUUCAAAGAGGCCCGUGCCAGAGCCCCUUGCAUCGUGUACAUCGAUGAGAUCGACGCUGUGGGGAAAAAGCGCUCUACCAACAUGUCCGGGUUCUCCAACACUGAGGAGGAGCAGACUCUCAAUCAGCUACUGGUGGAAAUGGAUGGAAUGGGAACAACAGAUCAUGUGAUUGUACUGGCCUCCACCAACAGAGCUGAUAUCCUGGACAAUGCUUUAAUGCGACCUGGGCGACUGGACAGGCACAUCUUUAUUGACCGUCCCACUCUACAGGAAAGAAAGGAAAUUUAUGAGCAGCAUUUGAAAAUUCUAAAACUGAACCAGCCGGGUAGUUUUUAUUCUCUCCGCUUGGCUGAGCUCACUCCAGGAUUUAGUGGUGCAGAUAUUGCUAAUAUUUGUAAUGAAGCAGCACUGCAUGCUGCGAGAGAAGGACAUAAAUACAUUGAUACUAUGAACUUUGAAUAUGCAGUAGAAAGAGUCAUAGCAGGAAGUGUAAAGAAGAGUAAGAUCCUUUCAAAGGAGGAACGAAGAGUGGUUGCUUUCCAUGAGUCUGGACAUGCUUUAGUUGGCUGGCUACUGGAGCACACAGAGGCUGUGAUGAAGGUCUCUAUUGCCCCUCGGACAAAUGCAGCUCUGGGAUUUGCCCAAAUCCUGCCUCGUGAGCAGUUUCUGUUCACAAAGGAGCAGCUGUUCGAGCGCAUGUGCAUGGCCCUGGGAGGGCGGGCAGCUGAGGCAAUCACCUUCAACAAAGUUACCACAGGAGCUCAGGAUGAUCUGCGUAAGGUGACCCGUGUGGCUUACUCCAUGGUAAAGCAGUAUGGCAUGUGUGACAGCGUGGGCCAAGUGUCCUUCCCAGAGACAGAAGAGCAAGGUGCUGUGGGUCGCCGUCCCUAUAGCCAAGGACUGCAGCAUCAGAUGGAUCAUGAGGCAAAGUUUCUGAUUGCUCGGGCCUACAGGCAAACAGAGAAGUUGCUGCUGGACAACCGGGACAAACUUACUAUGUUGGCUAAUGCCUUGUUGGAGCGGGAGGUGGUGAACUACGAUGAUAUCGAAGUGCUUUUGGGUCCUUCCCCUCACGGCCCAAAGAAAAUGAUCAUGCCGCAGAGCUGGGUGGAGGCGGAGCGGGACAAGCACGACACCGGAGAAGACGAUCCCCCUUCACCUCCUCGCAAACUCCCACAGGACAGUCCUCAACUGAUCUGA